AUGAAUCAACAAACAACUCUACCCGUAUUACCUCCUAACACAAGACCAUUCUCAUCGAGUUCACUAAAUCGACCAACUUCAGCUGUUUCUGUUCAUCGGAUUCAACAGAGCAGCACCAAUUCCAAUCAAAUUUUCCCAUCACAUCGACCAUUGAAGAAAAUCAAGCCUGAACCAUGGCAACGACUUUUUGAUGGAGAAAAACGGCAAGUUUACAGUCAACAGGGAUUAACUGUGAAAAAGAAUAAGCAGAAUGUUGAUGCCAUUCUAAACGAUGAUUUCUUCAAUAUUACCGAUGAACCUAUCAACUACGACGAUAAAGCACAACGGGCACUUCUUCCGCCACCGAUUCAAGCUUAUAUCGAUCAUUUAUGUGAACAAAUUGAUGAUUUAGCUGUUCAAUUAGCAGAGGAUCGUAUGAAUAAUCGAAUAGCACGAAAUAAAGCGGAUGAACUUCACAGUAAUCAAUUACAAAGUCAAAACAAACAAUUUCAAGAGUUGCUUCAUCAUCAAAUGCUUGAACGUGAAAAAGAACUUGAAGAUCAGAAUGCUGAACAUUUAAAAGUGUUAGAAGAAGAAAAAUUUGCCAAUCAUCAGCGUGAAGAACAGUUGAAGAAUGAAAUUGACUUUGUUAAAACUUCCUUCCAUGCUUAUAAAAUCAAUCUUGAGAAAGAAAACACUGAACAACUUCAAACAAAAAUUAAUGAGGCAAUUGAAGGGUUAAAAAAGGAGUUAAAGUCGAAAGACGAACAAAUGAAUAAACGUAUUAAUGAUGCAAUUAUGAAAGAACGAAAAAAUUUCACAUCAAGACAAAAAAUGGAGAUUGAAAAUCUGAAAAAACAACAUAAAAAAGAAGUUGAUGCAAUUCAACAAACAUUUACGGAUUCUGCUUAUGACCGUUCACGUGUAGAAACGCUAACAAAAGAUUUAGUAGCAACGAGAUUGGAACUUGAAGAAACGAAAGAUAGAGCAGUUAACUUAGCAGUACGAUUGAAAGAAUUAGAAGUUCAACAUGCUGAAACUAACCGAGAAUUACACGAUUUUCGAACGCGAUUCGAUGACAAAACCAAAGAAAUUGAACGACGUUACAUAGGAAAAAUGGAUCAAAUACAUAUGGAAAACGCUGACCUACGAAGUCUCUACAUGAAAAAAUGUGCGGAACUUGUUGAUGAACGAGCAUUGACACAAAAGAAAAUCGAAGAGCAAAUUCAACUUACUCGAAAAGAAUUCAAACAAAAAUUACUUAAUAUUCGUGUAUCAUCUGCAGUGUCAUUGAAUAUCGAUCGUAACGCACGUCGAUUAAGUACAUAUGCAACUGGGACUCAAAACGAUCUAUCGUCAACACGUUGCCAUUCAGCAUAUGCCUCGUCUCAACCAGUUUCAUCUGCUCAUAUGAAUCAUACUAAUGCAAUGGAUCUGACACUUAACAAUACACGUCGAGAAACUAAAAUGCGUCGCCGAACAAGUGUACCGACAACGGAAGAAGAACAAGACGUUGUUAAAUAUUUAACAUCAAGACCACCGACACGUAGUUCAUCGUCAUCAAAAUAUAAUUUUGAAAGUGAACCAACAAUGCUUGACAAUCUUAGUUUAGAAGAUCUUCAGGAAACCUUCAAAUCAUAG